AUGGCUGGUAAUGCACUUCAAUCUGCUUUCCUCACGGGCACGACGGGGCUGGUCCCUUCUCCUUGCUCCGCCUCUGGGCUUCUCUGCCCUUCCCUGGGUAGCUCUACAUUUAGUCGGCUGAGAGCCCCGUGGAGGCCGAAGUAUGGGGCAGCUCGCUGCUCUUUUUCACUACCCUUCCCCCCGAUGGACUCCGCCAGGAUCAAGGUGGUCGGUGUUGGUGGCGGGGGGAACAAUGCUGUCAACCGCAUGAUCGGAAGUGGGUUGCAGGUAACUGUUUGUCCUCGUUCAUCCCUCUCAUUGCUGUUUUCUGCGCUUCGUUGCUUCCCUUCGGCAUCCUCGUCGGAGUUGGCACUUGAGCGGCAUUACCUCUUUAUGUUUUCUCGCUUAUUUCUCCUUUGUUUUCCGGCGCUCUCCUUCACUCUGAUCUGCAUUUCAGCAUCCUUGCAUUUUCUUUUGCCGAAGCAGGAAAUGUUCUUCUUUGGAGUGGUUGAAAUGGGAUCGCACUUUCUAUUUCUUAUGAAUCAUAGUUUUCUACUUUCGACUUGAGGUAAUUUUUUCAAAGGAUUUUAUGCGAUUUUAGUCGUUGAUGCCACAGAUCCCAUGACAUCAGCUACACGGUUUUCACACCCUGGUUUAAACUUUGAGUACAAAUGUAUAAGCCUGUAUGAACUCCCCAUCGACCAUGCCUAGCAUUGAGUUUUUGCUGUGAUUGUAAAAAUCGAAGAAUCAUCGGUCGUAGAUAUUUUUGUUCUCCUACCUAAGAAUCAUGUGAAAAAUCUUCGGUGCCCGAGAGGGAACCAAGUCUUCUAACAGGAAAGCAUACCCGCACCAUUCUUCUAAUAGUUUAUUUUAAGUACCAGUACUCGCACAUUGUAAAAGGAGGCGCAUCCUGCCUUACUCAGAUUAUGGAAUUUACGUUUUAUGAUUUUCAUGUGGAUAUUUUGUGUGCGCAUUUCUUAUUCAUUCUUUCCUGGGUAUAGUUGAGGUUUCGUUGCCUCGUUUUAUUCAUUAUUAAUCUUUUGGUAUGUUACUAUGACAUAUAAAAUAUUUAUUAAGACUUCCAAGAUAAAAGCCUUCUAUUUUAAUCUACUAUCCCUGGUACUCCAGUUAUCUGUUGUCGUUUUCCAGUGAUAUCAACUUGUGGACUUCUCUUGUAAUGACCAUUCAUGAUAGCAAGAAAGUCAUGAAAAGUGAAAAUUACUAGACUAGGUGACUUUAUCUGUCUUAAUCACGCUGUGUGCAUGAAAUCGGAGAAUCAAAGAAAAAGGAGGCAAUUGAUGUUCCCCCCUCCCCCCCCCUCUUUAGUAUCAGCGAUUAUCUUUGUUGGAUAAAUUAUAGUUUUUUGUUCCUCAGUGUUUAAGGGAUCCUAAAUUUUGUCUUGUAUAAUCUAAUCUUUCAGGGCAUUGAGUUUUAUGCUAUAAACACAGAUUCUCAGGCACUGUUGCAUUCUCAAGCAAAAUAUCCACUACAAAUUGGGGAGCUUCUUACUAGAGGGCUUGGUCAGGCACCUUCUAUACGACAAUAUAUUUUUUAAAAUUUUGAUUUUUUUAUGUUUGAAUGCUACAAAAGAAAGGUUAUGUCAUCCGAUCGUGGCUCCUUCUAAAGGACCAUUUUCAUAUCCAUCUUAGCUUGAUACUUGUUCCUUGAGCACAUGUUCAAUUUAUAAUAGAAAACAUUACUACAUAAUAACCUUUGAUCUCAACUUAUUCUCCAGAGAGAUCUCUUUCUCCAUUUGGAAAACUUAUAUUCUAAGAUUGAAUAUUCCAUUUUUCGCCUACAAUCAUUUGAACUGACAUCAUGCUGUCCCUCAGUCGAUUGCCCUUCCGAUAAUCAGUAAAAGAAAAGUGGCUUCUGCUGCUGUUCUGCAGAGCUGGGUUUGACCUUGGUGCAUGCCCUGAUGUCGGCAUAACCCUGGAGACAUUAGAGUGGAAAUAGUGCCCUGAAGGCUAGAGAAACAACAGGGCAACAGGAAACCCCUCUGUUGAAAUAUCAACGAAAAGGACGUGGGGGAGAAGAUUCGGGGCUUUUUGCUUGGGUGGAGGGAUUCAUUGUAGGAGUCGAUCAGCAUGCUCUACUCUGGAUGAGAACUAGGCGCUCUUUGGUGCAAGUUCAUGUGAAUUAUGCUCCCUUAACAUUAGAAGAAAGGAAAAAGAUUGGGCGAUUGACCAAUCCCACUUAUAUCUGAUUUUCAGAAGGAAUCAGGCCUUUUUUGAAAGGCUGAUUUUUGAUAGGGGAUGAUCUGACAGCUGUUCUCAGCUAGUAUAACCUUUAUCUCCUUUCAAAUUUUUUAAUCAACUUAGAUGUCUGGAGGAUGAACGCAUAAAGGUAAAUUAUGCCUAAUCAAGAGUCUCUUCAAGUUCAUUAAAUGAGACAAGAGGUUUAAUGACAGUGAGGAAGAAUUUGAGAUAACCAAUUGGAGUCGGUUUCCGUACUGCUACUAUUGUGUUGUCCACUGCAGUAUAUUCUUAUUUGUUUGGUGAUAUUGGUGCUCUUGGUCAUCAUUGAAUGAUGAUACAAGUCAAUCUUUCUGUGUUAGUAUACGCACAUAUUAAUAUACCCAUAUGCUGCGUUAUUUGGACUUAUCAAAAUGUUCCGCUCAGAGAUGCAGGUACUGGCGGGAAUCCUCUUCUUGGGGAGCAGGCUGCUGAGGAGUCCAGAGAAGCCAUCGCUGACUCUCUCAAAGGUUCAGAUCUUGUUUUCAUAACAGCUGGCAUGGGUGGAGGGACGGGCUCAGGUGCUGCACCUGUUGUAGCACAGAUAUCAAAGGAAGCUGGCUAUUUGACUGUUGGUGUUGUCACAUAUCCGUUCAGUUUCGAAGGUCGUAAAAGAUCAUUACAGGCAGGUUUACAUAUCCCUUUAUUAUUUUAUUAACUUUGAGUAUUUCUCGUUGACACUGGACUUGCGCCACUAGUCAACCAAUUUUGUAACUGAGGUUAAAUUUCAGGUAAUCUACCAGCGCAUUCUCCUAUGCUUUUCCCAUGAUUUCUGAGGCCACAUUUUCUUACCAUUUAAAUUCACUUAAGAUCAUGAUUUAUACUUCAACCACCUUACGAAAACAUUUGAAAGAACUCUUAUUACGAUUAAUUAGCAUUGCCGACCUUUAUUUGUAGUUCAUACGCUUAUAAGGUUAUAAGUCAGCACGAUAUUGGAGAUGAAUUUGCCUAACUAUUUGAACAGAUUCGUCUUGCUACGGUUUGCUCUGUUGGCCUAAUUGCUAUGUUCUUCAAGAGUUGACCGAAAGAGUUCCUUCCUUUUUUUGUGGUGGGAGUGAAGGGUGCUUGAGAGGAUUGAUUAUCUAUAAGUCAAACAGCUGUGGGCUUCCACUUUCUUUUGCCCUCUUUCUUAAAAACAUUGCCAAAUCUGUGAAUAUUAUGUCCGUAUUAUCUUUUUGAACAUGAAAAAAGAUUAUAUCUACAUCCAAGCAUCGCCCUUAGGCUCUUACUUGUGAGGCCUAAAAUCUAUGCAAGGAAUUUUCUCAAACUAUGCAUAGUUUUCUUUUUAGCUCGGAUUGGUUCUCCUUUUUCCUUGACAAUCUUAUAUACGACUUCUCUGUCAAUAGGCACUGGAGGCUGUUGAGAAGCUACAGAAGAAUGUUGAUACUCUUAUAGUGAUUCCUAAUGAUCGAUUAUUAGAGGCUGUUGACGAACAGACGCCUCUCCAAGAUGCAUUCCUCCUGGCUGAUGACGUCUUGAGGCAGGGAGUUCAAGGAAUAUCCGACAUCAUAACAGUUAAUAUCUCCAAAUCAUCUCUUCUUUCUCGUUACGUGUCCAAGCCAGUGCUUAUGGUCAUUUUCCCCUUGUAAUCUGCAGAUUCCCGGGCUGGUUAAUGUAGAUUUUGCAGAUGUGAAAGCUGUCAUGAAGAACUCUGGGACUGCCAUGCUUGGAGUGGGUUCCUCCUCCAGCAAGAACAGAGCACAAGAGGCAGCUGAGCAAGCAACUCUAGCGCCUCUAAUCGGGUCAUCUAUCGAGUGUGCCACCGGUGUUGUUUAUAAUAUUACUGGGGGAAAGGACAUCACCCUUCAAGAAGUGAACAAAGUUUCUCAGGUAACAUUUUACUCCUGCGUAUUUUUCCAUUGAACACAUAUUCAUACAUCUCUCUCUCUCUCUCUCUCUCUCUCUCUCUCUCUCCCUCUCUCUCUUUCUCUCUCUCGCUAUAUAUAUAUAUAUAUAUAUAUAUACUGCAGGAUAGAAAAAUCAUUUGAAAGUUCUAUGGUUAUUUCAGUCCGCUAAAAAGAAACUUCAUAUGCUUCAUUUCAAUCUUAAUGAUUUAUUUUUUCCAUAGAUGUAGAUUUUCUCAUUGAAUACAUAUAUAUAAUAUACACACUGCAGAUUAGAAAAGUUUCCUUCAGAUUCUCAAUCGUUUGGAUGUUAUAUGGUUAUUUCAAUAGGAAAUGAAGAAACUCCAUAUGCUUUUUUCAUAUUUAUAUAUAUAUAUAUACUGCAGAUUAAAAAAAGUUUCCUUCAAACUCUCAAUCGUUUGGAGUUAUAUGGUUAUUUUAAUCAGAAAGAAAAGCAAAAACUUCAUAUACUUCAUUUUAAUCUGAAUUUGUAUGAUUUAUUUUUUCCAUCUAUGUAGAUUUUUCCAUCGAAUACAUAAAUUCAUAUAUGUAGAUAUAAACUGCAGAUUAGAAAAAGUUUCCUUCAAGCUCUCAAUCGUUUGGAGUUAUAUGGUUAUUUCAAUCAGGAAGAAAAGUAAAACCUUCAUAUGCUUCAUUUCAAUCUGAAUUUGUACGAUUAUUAUUAUUAUUAUUUCAUGCAGGUUGUGACCAGCCUAGCAGAUCCUUCUGCAAAUAUAAUAUUUGGGGCAGUCGUCGACGACCGAUACACGGGGGAUAUUCAUGUGACCAUCAUUGCCACCGGCUUCCCUCAGUCCUUCCAGGAGUCUCUGCUGAGGGACCCAAAGGCUGCCAAGCUGGUGGAAGCCUUAGAACCCAAGGUACCUCUGAAGACCCCGGUCCCACCUCCUCAGACGGCUCGAUCCUGGCUCUUCUAG